UCCUUUAAUAUUGCCAAAAAGUUGUUCAAGAUGCAAGAUUUUAUGAAACAGUUGAAAAGAUUCCGCAACUCUUAUGUACAUUCUGUGUUUUAAAUUGAUCCUGCAGCUUGAGCUACAAUAUGCAUAUGAGACUAAUCAGCUAAACCCACCUCAUGCGUAUGUGCCAUGGGUUGUUGUCAACAAUCAGCCACUCCGCGAGGACUACCGGAAUUUCAUCGCAUACAUCUGCAAAGCGUACAGGGGGACAUCAGUGCCCGCAGUUUGUAGAAGUUCAUCUCAGUUUGUGAUCAACGCGUUUGGUGAUGAGACAUUGAGUGCAUCUCAGCAGGCCUGCUAUGUAGAAGACCAGCAGAACUUAACCUCGUUCGUGCCUACAGAAAUUCUUCAGCAGAACAGAGAAGUGUUCACCUGAAGAGAACUCUAAUAUCAACAGUUUUUUUAUCUUUCAGAAAGCGAAAGGCAUUAAGACUUGUCCAGUAGUUAGCUUGCUUUAACUUGUAGACAAUUCCCGUAUGUAUUAAUCACAUGUGAAAGCAGAAAACAAACAAGCCGAGAGAUCUAUUACAAUGGGGAAAAAAACAUCAGUCUAUUGGCUU